AAAAAAAUCGUACUCGUCGAGCCGCAGUCCCUAGACCGACUCCUAUUUGGUAACACUGGUGAAUCGGCAACUCCUCUCGUGCUUCUGAUUAUCGCUGCUUUCUUCUUCUUCUUCCAUCGCACCCAACUCUGCAAAUUCUAGGGUUCAGCGUUAGAGCCUGGGAAGCUGGAUUGGCACGGAGACCCACAGCAGCAGUCCCAGCACCAUGGGACUUGCUCUUCCUCUUCUGCUUGGCCACCCCUCGAUCCCCACCACAACCCUCAUAACAUUCCCCACCAUCCUAUUCCUCCUCACCAGCUCGACUACCAUCCCCACCACCACGAUCCCAACCACGCCACUGGCUUCGCCAAUCCGGUGCCGUUUUCUGUACGCAAAAGGGCUUGGCAACACUCUAAUCAAGGACUUCCUAGAGAUAGCUUUGAAAACCCCAAUCAUGCUAAGCUUUAUGUUGCACAAAUUUCAAGAACAGCCACGGAGGACGUUAUUCGCUCCUUGUUUGGACAAUUUGGGGACAUAGUCGAGGUUGUAAUGUUGAAGGAUAAGCGGACUGGCUUCCAACAAGGAAAUUGUUUCGUGAAGUAUUCAACAUUAGAUGCAGCAGAGAGGGCUAUCAGAGCUUUAAAUAGUCAGCAUUAUUUUCCUGGGGAGGCAAACCCUAUCAUAGUCAAAUUUGCUGACGGGGAAAGGGAACGCCUUGGGGUACAAGACAGAUUGUAUGUUUGUGGCAUUAACCUGGAAGCUUCAAAUAAAGACAUUGAGGAAAUAUUUUCACCUUAUGGUCUUGUUGAAGAUAUCUACAUUUUGAAGCACAAUCGUGGAUGCGGGUUUGUUAAAUUUUCCAGUGGAGAUAUGGCUGUGCAAGCAAUCAAAGCUUUAAAUGGAACCUUUAUUAUGAGAGGUUGUGCUCAGCCAUUGAUUGUUCGUUUUGCGGAUCCUAAGAAACCAAGGGAAAUAGAUCGAAGGGGUAAUUAUGUAUUUAGCAGUGCACCUGGUGGUCCGUACUCUCACGAACCAGUUAGGGUAGUAUCUGAUCAUAGUGAUUCCAUUGGAGGACAAAAUUUUCUAAAUGCAUCUUAUCCUGUCCAACAAAUUUCACAACCCCCUAUUCCCUAUUUGGCAAACCAGGAACCACAGGCUUCUACAGUGAUGCAACCAACGUUUCCUCCAUUAAGACCACCUUUACAGUUGUGCAGGAUGCCUAUACAACAAACACAGAAUACACAAAGAAGUUCUCAGUCUUCUCAAGUAGCAGUCACGGAGAUGCAGAAACAGCAUCUGACACAAUCAUCUGGGCAAAUUCUGGGGCAGCAACAGAGUUCUCAGACAUUUUCUAGCAAUUCUACUUCAGCUGCGCUGCCUUCAAGUCAUGAGAUAACUGCUCCUCUAGAGUGUGACUGGAGUGAACAUACCUGCCCUGAUGGAUACAAGUAUUAUUAUAAUUGUGAAACUUGUGAGAGCAGAUGGGACAAACCUGAGGAGUUUGCUUCAUUUGAGCAACAAUUGCAGAUGCAAACACAGCCGAAUAAUCCUUCUCAUCAUCUUCAAUCCGUGUCAUUGGUUCCUUCUACGCAAAUAGUUUGUCAAAAUCAGCAGGAACUGAAUCAAGUACAAUUGCAGUCUGAAACAAGUCCUGUUGUUGGCCCAACAUGUGUUUGACAGAGUGGUCAACAUAACACACCUGUUCCUGUCCUUAGGGGAAGACUGAGCCAUCAGUUGGCUGUUGUUCUAAUUGCAAAAUCCCGACAUUAUUGGUUCACUCCUGUCUUUUUACCCCUGAAUUCUACUUCAAUUGAAGAAAACUGAAUGAGCUCGAAUUCUGUACAACAAAUGCUAUUCUGCAGGGAGAUGGUGCCUUUUCACUAUAUAUUCUUAUUGUGUCUUGUUUGGGUGUAGCUUAGAAUAGUGGGUGAAGCUUUUAGAAACGCUUGCAAUCUAUAGAAAGGUGACCAUGAAUGCUUUGAGAUGGCCUCCAUCCAAUCAACUUGUUCCUGUAAGUCAGUUAUAUAAUAAGUAGAGAUGUAUUAACUGCAGUAUGCUGAUCGAAAUAAUUCAGUAGUCGGACAAAACUUUAUUGACA